AUGGCCGCCCAGACUCCAAUAGCUGGAUGUACUUAUCAUCCAGGAAUGGGUUUUAUCUAUAUCUGUAGGACAUGUGACAAUGAACUUCUCUGUACGGAAUGUGUUGUGAGUCGUCAUAAUUCUCACAGCAUAGGUAAACUUACUGAAUACGUGUUGGAACACAAACAGCAUCUCCGGCAACAUGAGAACCGGCUUUCUAAAACAGAUAUUCCGAAGUUUGACGGACAAAUUCAGGAAAAUGAAGAAAACUUCAAGAAAAGCGGUAUAGAUUUUAGGAAAAUGAUCGCGGACAUCCAACGUCAAGGGGAACAGAUAAAAACAGAGGCAGACAAUCUGGUUGACAAGUUAGUAACACUAUGUAGAUAUUUGAUGAAGGUAAAUGCAAAUAUCACCGAGAAAAACACAGCCGCACUGACAAAAGUUCUCGGAGAGAAACUGAAACCGCAACUAGAAAGGUGUCAGCAGGUAUUGUCUUGCGGAUCAAAUGUAGACGUCAUUUCAGUGGCGACGGAAACUCGAAAUACCUGCACCGAAACUGUACCGCCCGAUCUACGAGCUUUGAGGACGGCAGCCUUCAAACCCGGGGUCGUUCAUAACGACCUGCUGGAACGGAUGCUGGGUCGUUCAGGUGACGUGGCUUGGCUAUCGUUCUGGGACGAUGACAAAAUAUGCGGCGUAGAUCACAAGGGGAAAAUCAAGGUGAAAAUCGAGUGCAAAAUCAAAGUUAGAUCCAUUACCGUAUCUCCAACCACGGGGAGGAUAUGGUUAUGUGUGAAGGAAGACAAAAGCAUCCGGGAAGUUACAUCGAAUGGUGACGCAGUGACACGUUUUACCGUAGAUGCUGUCCCACGGAGUUUGUGUAUCACACAGGAAGACAUGGUGGUGGUCGGAAUGUAUUACGGAAUAGCGAUGUUCACUAGUGACGGGCAGGCAGUGUCGGAUGGAGCGGGCGGUGUCUGUAGACAGGAGGCGCUAGAUCCCAAUCGCCUGACGUACUGUAGACAGACCGGGGAUAUAGCUGCUGCUGAUACUGACAAUGUAUCGAUUGUUAACUACAUGGCUGGUAAGGCACCAGGAAAUGAACCCCGGGUCAUUGUGAUGGAUAAAGAUCUGAAACUGAAGUUUCAGUGCAAACAUCUUGGUGCUAUUAAAUUACAAGAAGAUGGAAGUCAGCAGUCCAAGUUCUUCCCCUUGGAUGUUUGCUUUGACGGUACUGGAGAUGUUCUCGUAGUGGAAAACGUAACGAAGUCAGUGGUGCUGAUUGACGGGAACAAUGGACACUUCCUCCGGACAGUGUAUAUCCCCAGUGGAAGUGGACCUUUGUGUAUCAGCCUUCAGGACGACCAUACACUCUGGAUUGGUCACGUGAAUGAUGAAAUGAAAAUAAUCCACUACAAGUAG